UUGAAAAUUUUCAUUUCACCUAGGCUAGAACGUAAUAUGCGAAAUAUUUUUGGACUGUUAUUGAAAAUUUCUGACAGAUUUUUCCAACUUUUGACGAGAAAAGUUAGGACGUUUGGUGGUUCUGGUUCUAAAAUGUCUCUACCUUCCAAAUUUUUACAUUCUUUUGCUGUCAUGGCUACUUCAGCUUCAUUCUCCAUAUCAUCACCACCUUUGGUACCCUCUUUUUACAAAAUUGGCAGACUAUUUCUCUUGCUUAGUCCAAAAUUUUUUAAACCUGUUCUGGUGAGAGCUUUUGUGUUUUUUGUGGACAAGCCCUCCAUUGCCAUCGAUAACAAAUCUCCAGUCCAAGCUAAGGUAAGCAAUUGGCAGUGGAACUUCAAUGGAAACUCGAUCGGUAUAUACUAUGAGGAGCAUGAGAGGGAGAAGUGUGAAUCAGCUAAGAACAUCCUCAUGAUACCAACAAUAUCCGAUGUUAGCACCGUAGAGGAGAGCUCUGUGGCUAAAGACAUUGUGCAACGCGAUGGGGAUGUCAACUGGCGAGCAACUAUUGUAGAUUGGUCCGGUCUUGGUUAUUCUGAUAGACCAAAGAUGGAUUACGACAUAGAUGUCAUGGAGAAGUUUGUGGUUGACUUCAUGAAUUCACCCGAGAGCUUAAUGAAUAAAUGUUUAGUGUUUAUUUUCUAAAAAUAAAUGUUAUAACAAAAUGUU